GUCACUCGUCUACUGCAAAAACCUUUCAGCCCAAGCCAAGCCAUGAACAGCCUGCUUAUUGCCCUUUUCGUCUGCGGCUUUGCUGGAAUCUGCACUGCUGGCUUUAUCGAAUACGGUGGCGGCUUUGGCGGCUACGGAGGAUACGGGGGCGGCCUUGAAUACGGAGGAGGCUUUGGACAUGGACUGGGGCAUGUGAAGACUGUUGCAGGGCCUUCUUUCUUAGUCAAGACCGUGCAUAAUGUGAACCGCGUGAGUCAUGGCUCCACCCUCUACGGACGCUAUGGUCACGGCGGCGGUUAUGGAGGCUACAGCAGCUACGGUGGUGUCGGCGGCGGCUACGGCGGCUCUCUUGGCGGCGGCUACAGUAGCGGCUACGGAGGUGGUUACGGUGGUGGUUAUGCCAAGGUGGCCGUCAAAGGAUAAGAUACUUUACUUGGUAGAAAAUAGCGGGUAUUCGUGGAAGCACUCAGACUUUUAAGGACAUCUGGAUACAACGCCGAUGUCUGCAAGCGGCGUCAGGCCCAGUGUGAGGGCACUUAAAACCAUGCGACUUAUGUCCACAUGCCCUUAGGAAGUCGACGCGCAAAAAAGCCAACUUCGCCCCGAGUGUCCCCAGUAAGAAUGGUGGCGCGUGGUGAAAGACCCAGAUGGAUAUAUGCUGCUUGAAGCCAUAAUCGAUUCAGUGACAUCCGAUAGCAAUGCGCCCACUGCUUGAUCAAUUCACAGAGGCAUCAGCUGUCAUCGAGUGUGACCGAUGAGAGUGGGUGCUUAGAUAGAGACCAUCUUAGUCUUGUGCUUGCGUCGCGUGCUCCGAAUAUCUUGUUUCAAGGAACAAUAAAAAUGACCAAACGCUCAA